AAUAAUAAAUAACAUGCGGUUAUGAAUAUAUAUAAUUCCGUUAUUGUAAAAUGUAUCAAAUCAAACGCAUGAUAAAGACGAAUGAAUCCCACUAGGACAGAGCACCGUUAGGACAUAUUGGACGGACUUCAUCAACUAAGGAAAAUGGAAACAUUGGCCAUUUUGAGGUGCCUGCUUAUAAUAAACUGCUUUAUAUGCAAGGCUGGUGGUGUAAAGUGUAAAAGCUCGUCAGCGAAUGUGGCAAAAUGCGACACCACAGCUGAGUGUACAAAUGGUUAUGGGUGCAGAGGAGGAAAAUGUUGCCAAAUUCCCAAUCUCUGUCCAGUCGGAAAGCCCAAACAAACCAAAUCUAAAGAGUUCAUCAAUUGCGAAGCCACAAAAUGUCCGAUUAAAUACAAGUGCAUGCGAAACGCAACUUACAACUAUAACGUGUGUUGUAAAGAUACCACUAAACUAGACAUAAAACUGAGGUUCCACGACCAUUCACACAUGACAGUGAAAAUAGGGGAUGAAUGGUUACUCGUGUGGGACCCUUUUUGGAAUAAAGGUGCUGCUAAGGUGGCAUGUCGGCAAAUGGGGUUUAAUCCAAAAUUCGCACAAAACUUUGGAACAGUUGUAUAUGGGUUCGGGAAUGCAAUAGUGACAAAUUUGACGUGUAACGGAAACGAAAAAAAUCUAAAUGAUUGUAACUUUUCGGAAUGGAAAAUUGAACAUGUUGGCAGUGUAAGAGAAAAAUACGGAUACUCACUCCAAAACGGAGUGAAUAUCGGCUGUAGACGUAUGAAGACACGUUUGGUCGGAGGUACUGACAAGUUUUCUGGACGUGUAAAAGUAUUGUACAAUAAUAAAUGGAGAAAGGUGUGUGUACAUCGUGACUCUCAAGUAUACAAUUCUCCUCGUGAAAUGGCCCAAGUGGUUUGUCGGGCUUUAAAACGCCCACGCAAAUAUGCACGAGAGUACACAUACAGUGGACUUUUUGGAAAGGACAAGUCCUCAAAAGGUGUUGAGCUUUCACACUGUGGCGGUUUCACUACGCCGGCUUUGUUUGAAAAUUGUAGAAUGCAAGAGGUUGAUUGCGCGGGUGAUGAAUAUUUUGAUUUAGGUGUCGCUUGCUUUGAUCAUGAACCAGGAUAUCACGAAUAUGUGCAACCGAAAACGCUUGGGUACGAUGUUAAUUACGAAAGAAACGGUGGCAUUAUUAUUGUGAGUGAUUGGUUUGGCCCCCCAUAUUUUUCUGAUAUCGAACGUCAUGUGAUAUGUGGCGGUGAUACUUGGACAAGGAGUGAAGCUCAGGUUGUAUGCCGACAGAUGGGGUAUGAUCCAAACGAUGCAAUUGUUGACAAAUUUCCAUUUCUCCAAUGCUAUGGCGAAGGUGCACAUAAUGACCGUGUUAAAAUCGUUAUGAGUGAUGUCAACUGCACUGGUCAUGAACACAGUCUUGCAGAGUGUAAUUUCAACCAAGGAGAAAAUGUCACUUGCCCAGAUGAGUUGAUAGCUGGGGUCAUUUGCGGCAAAUUACCAGUAUAUUUGACAGAAAUGUCUCGUUCAAGAGGUGGAGUCUCAACAGGAAAUUUGUGGAGCAGUUAUGCGACACACCCUGUUUGCGGUACAGGCUGGGAUGAUAAUGAUGCAAGAGUUGUUUGUCGCCAACUAGGACUUCCAUUUGAAAAUGCAUCCGCUUAUUUGCUGGACUACGCUACACAGGACUCCCCAUGGCUAACAAAUGUAAACUGCAAAGGUGAUGAAACUCACAUUGGACAAUGUGACUUUGAUCUGGACAUUACUUUUAAAUCUGCUACAGGCAACUAUUUCAGCGGGAACAUGGGUUACGAAGGAGGUUGUAAUGAUUAUGAAUUGGAUAAUGGCUAUAUUGAUUUUGAAUGGGAUACAAACUUCUGUUAUGGCGGUAGUCUAGCUGGAGUCAUUUGUAAAUAGGAAGUCAAGAAGACAUGCUUUGAUCAUUGUGAUCCAAAAUUAGCAAAAUAAUUAAUAUAUACUCUAGCUAACACUUAUAUAAACCUUUUUUCUUAAUGGGAAGCAGUUCAAUUAUUUUCUCUUUUGGUUGUUCUUUACACCAAUCCCAUUUGGUAUAAUAUAUUACUGUAUUUAAACUUCAAAUGCACU